UUCUUUCCGUAUCACUUUCUUUCUCCCAAAUCAAAUCUUCUUCUUAUUUUUUUUUAUUUUUUUUUUGUAACUGAAAUCUUCUUCUUAUUCCUCUGAGCUUCUCCCAGACAUCAGCAAACAAACCAGCAGGGACAGAGAAGUACAAACUUAACAAUCUCAAAACUCAUCAGAUAAAUUAUUAAAAAUAUAAUUGAAAAAAAUGAGCUGCAACGGUUGCCGUGUGCUCCGAAAAGGUUGCAGCGAGAAUUGUAUCCUCCGGCCAUGUAUUCAGUGGAUAGAAAGCGCCGAUGCUCAAGGCCACGCCACCGUCUUCGUGGCUAAAUUCUUCGGCCGUGCCGGUCUCAUGUCCUUUAUCUCCGCCGUACCGGAAUCUCAGCGUCCCGCUUUGUUUCAGUCUUUGCUAUAUGAAGCUUGUGGAAGAACAGUGAAUCCGGUCAACGGAGCAAUCGGAAUGUUGUGGACGGGAAACUGGAGAAUCUGCCAAGCUGCUGUUGAGACGGUGCUUCGCGGCGGUUCUUUGAGACCUAUCCCUGAGCUUAUCACUCACGGCGGCGGGUUUCCAUCGGCGACAUCUGAAGAAGCAUCUGAGAUCUGCGCGGAAAUGUUGAAGCUCCAGCAGAAUGAUGGUUCCAGCGAUCGUAACAUCUACAAUCAUUCCAGAUUUUCAAGCUCUAGAUCAAGAUCUACGCUGGAUUCUUCUCCCAGGAAACGUAAGCUCGAUAUAUCACUAAACCCUAGUUUACCCAUGAAAGCAGUGCCUUCUUCCACACGGCACCAAUCUAGAACACCGUCGAUGAACUCAGAGGAGUCAAUGACAACGACGACGACGUUUUGGGAUAACUCCGCAUCUGGUACUCAACACGGAAACGGAGGAGGAGAAACAAGCAGGCUGCUUAACCUUUUUGUUUAAGGAAACGAUGUUUUCUUUUUUUUUUUCUUUCUCUGGGUUAGUUUAGGGUUCAGAAAUGUAUUUUUACACAUUUUCUUUCCCUUUUUCGUGGAUAACAAGUAUUUGGACCGAUGACGCGAUUUUGUUCUCUCCGGUUAGGCUUGUUAAACAAAUGCUAAAACUUUGUUGAGUGAAAAUUGAAUAUUAUUUUAACCAUGUUA